AUGUCUCCACCACCAUACUCCGAUUUUGGCAAAAGGGCCAAAGAUGUCUUCAACAAGGGCUGCCACUAUGGUCUCAUCAAACUGGACUGCAAAACCAAAAACUGCGGCGGAGUGGAAGUCAACACCGUUGGUACUUCCAACCAAGAAUCUGGAAAGGUGUCUGGUUCCUUACAAACCAAAUACAAAGUCAAAGACUGUGGACUAUCGUUCACAGAAAAGUGGAACACCGAUAAUACUCUGGGCAGCAACAACACCAAAUUCGGCAUUGGUGCCAAGUACGACCUUGAUCAGGAUGCAGCUCUUCGUGCUAAAAUCAACAAUUCCAGCCAGAUCGGUUUGGGAUACCAACAACGUUUACGUGAAGGUGCCACCUUUACUCUGUCCGCCCUCAUCAACGGGAAGAAUUUCAACAAUGGAGGCCACCAGAUCUGGUUAGCUAUCGAACUGGUGGCUUAG